CAGAUAAUGAACGUUAAUAGUUUAAUCUGAGUUGAGCAGCUGGCUGGUGGAAACUCACUACAACUGAAAGAAGCAAACAGAAUCAUUUCAUUUUUGAGGACAUAGUUCUUUAUACUUUAUCUGAUUCGCCGAUACGAAGAGCGAUACUUGCAUCGAUCCGGUGACGUCAUGGUGAAAUGGACAGAAGAGGAGCGCGAGACCAUCAGAUCAGUCUGGGAAAAAGUUGAUAUCGAUGAGGUUGGGUCACAAAUAAUAGCAAGGACUCUGAUCGUGUACCCCUGGACUGAGCGGUACUUUGGUAGAUUCGGGGACAUCUUCACCACCACAGCCAUUCUAAACAACGCUAAAGUGGCCGCUCAUGGGAAAGUAGUCCUGAACGCUCUUGACUUAGCUGUGAAGAACAUGGACGACAUCAAAGGGACGUACUCGGCUCUGAGCAGGCUGCACUAUGACAAACUCAAAGUGGAUCCGGAUAACUUUAAACUGAUGGCCGACUGCAUCACCAUCAGCAUCGCCUGCAAACUCAAGGCUGCUCUGAGUCCUCCGGUCCACAUGAUCUGGCACAAGUUUCUGUACGCUGUAGUCGAAGCUUUGAACAGUCAGUACAAAUAAAACCUCCAAACUCUAAAGGAGGAAAAACCUCACCGCUUCUGCCUGUUCGGUGUGUUUGUCACCUCACCAGAACUAAAUAAGCAUUAAGUAUAAUUAAGUACAGCUGAGUUUAGCUGGAUCCGUUUAGAAAUAUUUUCCACAGGUCAGGUGCAGAUGAUAGAUGUUCCCACUGUUCCCAAUUUGAACUCUUCUGAAUCCUGGUGGGAAAAUGUGGUACUGCAGGGCCUUCAGACGUGACUGAUUUAUGAGUAAAUUGUUAAGGGGCAUUAUGGAAGUUUGACAGCCAAAACAUGUAUAGAAAUAAUAAAUGUCUUCUUCAUACAGUCUCCUGCAAUGCCCUGGUCCUGUAGAAUGAGCCCUGGCAUUUUUACUGUGAUUGCCUGUUUUUCUGUAAAAUCACAGAAAAAGAGAGAUGCUCGGGUCGAGCAGGCUGCUUCCACUUGGCUUCACAGAGCUCUGAGAGCUGACAGUCCCUUGUGUGUGUGUGUGUGUGUGUGUGUGUGUGUGUGUGUGUGUGUGUGUGUGUGUGUGUGUGUGUGUGUGUGUGUGUGUGUGUGUGUGUGUGUGUGUGUGUGUGGCCCGGAGGACAGAGGACAGGAGAACAUGCAGCUAAUUAAUUAAAUAAUUUGGUUCUGUACUUUUCUCUUUGAAGAGUCUUCAGCACAGCCGACAAGGGUUAAUGAUGGGUCAGUUCUCCUGCAUGCUCAGAUAAUUCCAUUCCCUUGAAAAUUUGUUCCAAAAUGAAAGUUGAACCCACAUCUUUUUUAUCUGUGAAUUGAAUGCCGUUCGACGAGUCUCAAAUAAAAAUUUGGGCAUCUUACUGUAAAAGAAUAUAUCAUUUAUGUAAAAAUAAAAUCCUGAAACAACCAUGUUCACAUCAAGAAUCGAACCCGGGUCUCCUGGACAAAAGCCCAAAGUUUAACUAGGCAAGCUAAUCGCCAAUAAUAUCCUUUGUAUCUGUAACUUUUAUAUCCUUGCGCACAGUUGAAACAACGUUCAAAGAACGGUUCUAAGGGCUAUGCCUGAGCGUGAACGCGCAUGAAGCCAAGCGGUGCUCGCUGCAGAACCACAAAGGUGUGGCUGCACCAGAGUCAGCCCCUCUCUGUGAAGCUGACCCCCGUCUGGAGUGUGCACGUGCAGCAUGCGCGCCUCGUGCACGAGCCUCCUAUUGAAGCUGCCGUUACACUUUUGGCCAGAGGGGGCAAUCGCGAGCAUAAAAAUUCAAAACUCCGUAAGGUCCCUUUAAUUUCACCAAAGAACGAAAUCAUUUCCUAUUUUGAUAUAUCUAUCUUAAAUGCAUUCAAUCCACGUGCAGUGAUUAUUUUUAUUGUGUUGUAAGAGAAGCUGAUCGCUGCUGAAAUCAUUCUAAGGUAAAAGCUGUAUAAUAAAACAGGUAAAAACAUUGUGGUGUAUGCUGGUCUGACAUUGUUAUACUUUUAUAUUUUUAUAUACUUAUUUCUGGUUGAACCACUAAUAAAAACUUACAAUUGUAACUACAAAUACAUAUGUUAUUAACACAUCCAAUGGCAAAUAAAUGAAUAAGUAAGUUAAUUAAUUAACACUAUAUGAUGGCAUCAGAAAAUAAUAAUCUUAGCUCAGGUGGCUGAGGAGUAUUUGCUUUAACUCAAUAUUAACUGGCUCAUUGCAUAAUCCAUUCAUUAUUACUUUUAAAUGCUAAGUAAAUAGCCAUGUGUAGUUUACUGAGGAUGUGAUGACAGUAAAACCAUAAAAACAGGUCUUUACAGUCACAUUUACCUGCUUUCACAUGUGGGUCACAAAUAUAAAGAAAAUCAAUAAAGACAAAAGAAUUAAACUAAUUAGAUUCAUAGCUGUAAAUAAAAAGAUGGUAAAACUGUGAAAGACCUGUGUGGCUAUCUGUCCACACGAGGGCGCUCCAGCACAACCCAAGGCCGGUUUAAUGGUCUUUUUUUUUUUUUGGAAGGUAAAUGUUGGUCUUUGAUGAAGUAUCAACUGUGUGUGUGCGGGUUACUAAAAGUCUCAUUUCUGUCUGAAUAAACUGAACUGUAGUCUAACUGUUAUGUGUUCUUUAAAAUGUAGAAAGUAUUUUGUUCUUAAGAUGGUUGAGAAAAAAAAGGGAAGAGCUUUAACCUUUGUUUCUAAACAGAAACCUCAAAUGAUCCAGGAGUUUAGAAACAUUAUCGAAGGGAACUGGUUCAAAACAGUUUUUCUGUUUGCUGGAUGAAGAGCUCUGAUUAACUCCAGAGACAAACUUGGUGGAAUUAUGAUCAUAAUGGCCUAAAUGAAAA